AUGCAAACUAUCAAGCUCGGCUUGACUUCGCCCAAAGACGAAGCCAAGGUUGUUCCUAUCCAGUACGACGCGGAAUGCCCAUUCAAGUACAAUAAUUUUGUCUACCGCAUCUCCCUAGCUUCUCCCAUUGCUUCGAAUCAGGAUGGACCUACGCAACCCGGCUGUGUCGCCAUACCUAAAGACACCAAGGAGCUUAUAUUACGGCUCACCAACCCCGAUGCAGAGGGAAUGAGCCUCCAGACCCGCGUUGAAAAUGAGGUAGCAAAUAUCUACCUCGCAUCCGCCGCCCUUAGCGAUAUUACACCCCAUGUCGUACCAUCAGUGUAUGCCUGGGGCAGCGCAGCGGGCGAACCCUCGCAAGGUUGGAUAUUCCAAGAGCUAAUGCCUGGUACGCCUCUAGACGAAGCAUUUGGCGCAAUGGAUAUUACGCAGAAGCAGCAGAUAUUCACACAAAUGGCGAAGAUGCUGAAGGCUUUACAUGAUUACAAGUUACCCGAUAGUAUCACUGGGUUUGGCGGGCUGACCUUAGAUGAUGCUGGUCAUAUUAUCAGCUCUGUUAUGCCGAGUGUUGGCGCUGGGCCGUGGCCUUCAUACGAAGCGUCUUUCAAAGCCAUGUUUGAAUCACUGAGCUCGAAAGAUGAAAAGUCCAUUUUGCAUUGUGAUUUCACUACAAAUAACAUUUUAUUUGACGCCAGCUCAGGACGUAUUACAGCUCUCAUUGACUAUGAUUUCAGCUGUGUUUUGCACAGAUCUUACGAGUUUCUUCGCUCCCUUGAUAACGCUGGUGGCCAAUUUUGCGGGUGGUCUGGUGACGACGACAGUGAGCAGAUGGCACUUAGGGGAGCAAAACUCCAUGGCUUUCCGUCACCGCUUCCACAGUCAACCAAAGAUGGCGUCCAGUGGGAGGUUGCAAAGGCAUGGGAGUGUGAGUUGGAGAAGCUAGGCGUGGAGCGUCCGAGAACCAUUGAUGGGAUUGACAAAGUAGCGGAUGUUGAUGCUGUGCUUCGAGGUAUUUUGCCCUGGCGCCUAAGCAAUUCGGAUAUCGUGCGCUUGCAGUCUGAGGAGGUGAAACUAGGUCACAGAGAGAAGUGUGAGAAGGAGCUGAGAAAUAUGCUCGUUCGUCUGGGAUUUUAA